UCACUUGCAACACUAGAGAUGGUUAUCAAGGAAAGCGAGUUCGAUGAUUCGCUCAGCUACGCUUUGCUUCGUGGAGAUAUGGGCGGAAUUUGGGACACCGGGAAGGACGAGCGAAUGAUGGAUGGAACUAUGGAUCCGGAGCUUAUUCAACGAGCCAAGGAACGUACAAUUCGCGCCCAACUAAAUUCAGCCGAUGGGGACACUUGCGAGGUUCAUGACCAAUUUUAUCGCGAUCAUAAACUAUUGCUAGUAUUGUUCCGUGCGUUGGCCGUGAUGCCGAUUCUUCGAUCAGCUCCCGGAAGGAUUACAUUCAACUGGAAAUCGAUUGCUUCGAUCUAUGCGUAUUGUUUUUACGCAGUUAGUAGUGUGAUUGUACUGAUUGUGGGUUAUGAAAGAAUCAAAUUUCUGCAACAAACCAAAAAGUUCGAUGAAUACAUUUACGGGAUUCUGUUUGUUAUCUUCCUAGUGCCACAUUUCUGGAUCCCUUUCGUUGGAUGGGGUGUCGCAAAGCAUGUUGCUGUGUAUAAAACAAUGUGGGGUGCAUUUCAAGUUCGUUAUUAUCGUGUCACUGGAACGAACCUUCAGUUUCCUCACUUGAAGAUUCUCAUCGUUAUAUUUUCCGUCGGUUGUCUGGUUUGUGCUAUCGUGUUUCUUCUAUCGUUGAGUCUCCUGCUGGAAGGAUUCACACUCUGGCACACCUCAGCCUAUUAUCAUAUCAUCACUAUGCUCAACAUGAACAGUUCCCUCUGGUACAUCAACUGCCGAGGAAUACGAGUGGCUUCCUCUAGUUUAUCCGAUCGCUUCAGCAAAGAUGUUGCUAUCGAGUGCACUGCCGCAAUGAUAUCACAAUAUCGGUUUCUCUGGCUGAACCUUAGCGAGUUGUUGCAAUCCCUCGGGAAUGCUUACGCUCGAACGUAUUCUACAUAUUGCUUGUUUAUGUUCGUGAACAUUACGAUCGCCGUGUAUGGAGCACUAUCGGAAGUCAUCGACAAUGGAUUUGGGUUCUCCUUCAAAGAGAUUGGGUUGAUCGUCGACACUAUAUAUUGCUCGAUUUUACUGUUCAUCUUUUGUGACUGUUCACACAAUGCUACCCUGCAGGUCGCCCAAGGCGUCCAAGACACACUGCUGGGUAUUAAUUUGUUAAAAGUUGACCAGCCAACGCAGAAGGAAAUCGACCUAUUCGUUCGAGCUAUUGAGAUGAACCCUGCCAUUGUGAGUUUGAAAGGAUACGCUGAGGUCAAUCGAGAAUUGCUUACCGCUAGUAUUGCUACGAUCACCAUCUACUUGGUGGUUCUUUUGCAGUUCAAGUUGUCACUGAUUUCCCAGCAAAUGCCGUCUGACCUACUGGCGAAUGUGAAGCAAUUGCAGAAAAGGAAUUGAAUACUCACUAAACAAUGUCAGGAGCUGAUGAAAUGCCGAUAGGUUUCAGGUUGAUAGAUCUCACCGAAGGCGAUAUUGUUUCUCUAACGUUUGUAUUCAGUUUCGCUGAAAAAAUAUUUACGUAAAUUGAAUUGGUAAAUUGAGUAGAAUGUUCAUAUUCGGAGAAUGGUUAACCAUUUUUUUCAUUCAACUUGAAACACACUAAUGCAAUAAAAACUGACAAGAAAUCAAACACAUUGUUCCUUUCCACUGAAGUUAUUUGUACACCCAAAAUUGAUUUUUUGGCACAUGUUAUGGCCAAUCCGGAUUUAUUACAUUAAAUGAGUUGAAAAAUAACAGAAAAUGUUCUACUCCCCAAUACAUGUAUAUCAUUUGUAUAAUAUAUAUAUAUGCUAGAGCCAAUAUGAGCGAGCGAAACAGAAAACACAUUUAAAUGAAAGCAUAUGAAAGAUUUUCGUAUAGUAACUACACGGCCAAGA